UCAAGAGCAGUGAAACAGAGUGUCAGAAGAUUACUACUAUUCCACAAUCCAGGACUGGACAAGGAAUUCAUGAUGAAGCUGUUUUGUCUGUUGCUGCUGCUUACUUGUUCCAUUGCUGCUCUCCCUUUGGAAACCUCAGGUAGAGAAGUGCAACCCACCCUGCCCUCCCAGGCCUUGACCACAGAACCACACCCUACCGAGGCAAAGUCUCGCUUUGCCAUGCUGGACGAUGUUCGCCUACUUGCAAACGGCCUCCUCCAGCUAGGCCAGAGUUUACGGGAGUUCGUCCACAAGACCAAGGCCCAAAUCAACGACAUCUUUCAAAAGCUGAACAUUUUCGACCGCUCUUUUUACCAGCUCUCAGUGGUCACGUCAGAGAUCAAGGAGGAAGAGGAGGAACUGAAGAAGACCACCAGUUUCUUGAAGGCCAACAAUGAGGAGAUCAGGAACUUGUCGCUGGAAAUCAACUCUAAGAUCAACAACAUCCUGCAGGAGCGUACACAGCUUCAGAGCAAGGUGGGGAGCCUUGAGGAAAGGCUGAAGGGACUGUCACAGAGUAUGGUCCCUGCUGACCAGCUUAGUGAAAUCACAACACUCAAGGAAGUGAUUGAAGCUCAAGAGAAAACGAUAACCAAUCUGCUGAAUGCUGUAAAAGAACAGCAUGAUCAACUUGACCACCAGAAAAUUAAGAUUAAAAACCUGGAGGAGAAGCUCAGCGAUGACAGUUUUCAAGAUACAAUCGAUAAGCCAGUGGAGUCAGACUCUGCAGCUCCUAAUAUGUUUGAAUAUCUGACAGGAAACUCAACAGGCCUGGACACAAAUGACCUCCCAGUGGACUGCAGUGACUUGUUUAACAAAGGAGAGGCAAACAGUGGAAUCUAUGUUAUCAAGCCAAACCAAUCAGAGCCAUUCAAUGUUUACUGCGAAAUGGGUUCAGAUGGAGGUUCAACUGUCAUCCAACACAGAAUCGAUGGUUCAGUGGAUUUUGACCAGACGUGGGAGAAAUAUGAGAAAGGCUUUGGAGAUCUGGAAAAGGACUUCUGGCUGGGCUUAAAGAAGAUUCACAGUCUUGCACAGCAGGGAGCUUACAUCCUACGUAUUGACUUGGAGGACUGGAAGGAGGAGAAGCACUGGGCUGAGUACUGUUUCUCACUGGAAGGUCCCUCCAAGGACUACACCCUUCAUGUCAGCCAUUACUCUGGUGACCUGCCUGAUGCCAUGGCCAACAGCACCGGCAUGAGAUUCUCAACAAAAGACAGAAAUAACGAUAACCAUCGAAACCCCAACUGCGCUCGCAAUUACUCAGGUGGUUGGUGGUUCAAUGGCUGCGGGGACAUCAACCUUAACGGAAGGUAUUUGUGGCUGAGGGCAAAGGGACGCUCUGUAAGGAGGAAGGGAAUUUACUGGAGGCCUGGCACAGGUCCCUCGUACUCCCUCAAGAUGACCAAGAUCACCAUGCAGCCAGCCCUAACUGCUGAAAGCUUCAACUGAACCCCACAAUUCAUACCUUCUCUUACAACACCACUGGCAUCUUUAGCAAACAUCGCAAAUAUCUAAUGCUCAACCAAAUCUUCAAAGAAGGGGAGAAUGAAGUAACACAGGCAUUAUAUAUGUCUAUGAAAUGACAUCCUUAGUUUAUCUCAAACAUUAAGCUGAUUGCUUCCUAACACCGUUUUGUCAGACACUAGCACUGACCAACAGACAACAAGCCAAAACUGUCUGAGGUCGGAAAAUGCUGAACUGUCGCAAUGACGCAACAAAUGCCACGCAGGUCGUUAACCUAUUGGGUCUGAUCCAGCAAGGACAGUAGAAUUGUCAUUACGCAACAUCUGCAAUCACUUGCAAAAUGGACAUAUUGAUCCAUAAUCAGCAACCGGAUUCAGUGCUGGUUGCAAAAUGUCACAGUGCUGCAAUAGGAGAGAAAUCUAUGACGAGACAUUAUGACUCAAUUCUAAAACAAUGAUUGCUUGGGUAUCUUUUCAGUGGACAUAUACAUACACAUAUGACAGCUUCUAAUCCAUUUAAAAGUGCAUUUUGUGUUUGUGGUGCAAAACUCUCUUGCAUGUUCCCAGCAGCCACACACAAAUGCAAACAGGUUGUUACAUAAAGCAUGCAAAUUGUAUAAGUCAGUGUUCAAGAAAUCUCCUACAUUUCAAAAUGUGUUCACAGUGGUAAAUUCUUUCCAAUGAGGGCUUUGUCAUUUUUUUCCUGGUAUUUUACACUGCUUCACCCCCAGUCUCAUGAAAAUACAUCUAAAAAGUGGGGGCAAUGUCAGCAGUCAAAUACAGUACAAAAAACUGGAGAUACACAUCUUUGCCAGUACACUGACAAGCUCUUCCCUUUGUUUGUUCUAUGUUUUUUUUUUUACUCUGUAAAGUAUUUAAACCAUGUUCAUGCUUUUAUAUGAUUUAUGCUGGUAUUGUCAGAAAACACCUUUUCCAUGUAUUUCCUAUGUUAUUGAGUCAUAUUGACUCUUGUCCAUUCUUUCAACAUAACUAACUGUACUGUAAAUGUGCCUCAUACUAACACGUCACCCUGACAAGUAGCUAUGUGCUCUAAUAAAUCAUAUUUAUAACGACAAAAUAAAAA